AUGAAGUUCCUUUCCGUCCUCGUCUUUGCUGUAUCGCUGUUUGAAGCGAGGGCUCUCCCCGUUGAGUCAAACGUAGUUGAGAAGUUCAGUCGAGUCAAGAAUGCAGCCAAAGUCCCACCAUUCAUUGGCGGAAUCGCGUUCCCGAGACGACAAAGCGAUAAAGACACGAUAAUCAGAGCAAUAGGCGGAACGGUUUAA